AUGUUGAAGAAUAUUAGAGUUAAAUCUUUCACUAAUUCAUCAUCCAAGAAAACGAAGAAGACCGUGAUCAACGAGCAUUCACACCGGCAAUCUUUGCUAGUCAGAGGGUUGUUAGAGGAAGAAUUAUUAACCCCCACGAAGAUCCCAACAGGGUUCUUCGCGGUGUAUGUUGGACAAGGGAGGGAAAGAUUUCUUGUCCCAACGAGCUUUCUUUCUCAUCCCCUCUUCAAGAUUUUACUAGAGAAGGCGUAUGAAGAGUUUGGGUUUGAGCAAAAGAACGGGCUUAUCGUCCCGUGUAGUGUUUCGACUUUUCAAGAAGUGGUUAAUGCCGUGGGGACUAACCAUGGAAAGUUUGAUAUGAGGAAACUCUUUGAGGAAUUUGUUGUUUGA